UUUCUGACAAUAAUGCCCUUUUGGUUGCUGUCAUCAGAAAAAAGAUUUUUCAACCUGAAUAAAAAAAUUAAAAAUACAUGUGUACGUUCAUAUAUCUUUUAUAAAUACAAGUCGUUUUUUUUUAAAUAAGCGCACGCGUUGAUAAGUCUACAACGCAGGGAGCCUUCAUGUUUUCGUAAAAAAUGAUUGAAUUUACGAUUAAGACAUUAGAUGCUGUUAAUCAUGAGAUGUCUGUGGAUGAUGAGAUCACAGUACAGCAGCUCAAAGAGAAAGUACGGGAGCAGAUGGGUAUUGAGAUACAUCUUCAGAGACUCAUUUUCUGUGGAAGAGUUUUACAAGAUGACAAAAAGCUCACAGAAUAUGACGUCCACGGGAAAGUUGUUCACCUUGUUCAACGUGCGCCACCAAGUCCCCAAUCUCGGCAGUCUACUAUAAACCCCCUUGGACCUGCGUCAGCACAUAUUCAUACUUCUGAAGGACAAAACAAUGGCUUGCAUCACCAAAUCAGACAUCUAUUGGCUUUAACACCAGAUUUCUUGAUUGAGCAACAGCAGCAAAUGAAUCUGUCUCCAACAGCUGGACGUAUGGAAUUUAUUCGACGUCUGAUAGCAGAUAUCAAAACAUCUUUGGCUCAACUUAAUGCCCAUAUAACUGGCACGGGAAAUUCUGAUGCAUCGUCCAGCAGUGAGCCUCCUAUAGAAUUUAUGGAUGUUCCUGGUCCUGAUGACACGCAAGAAGAGCCGUCUCCACCUUUGGAUGAAAACGGAGAUGUAGCGGAUGGUGCCCGCGUUGCGAAUGCUCGCCGCAGGGCUAUGAGAUUGUUCCGGACCCGCCACACUCGGCCAAGAGAUCUAGCCGAAUUGCUCGAGGAACUGGAUAAUCUUCAAGACCAGUUCAGUCCUCAUCGAGAAUCCUACAUUGAAAUGCUCAAGGAAGCUAAUAACCCGGAGACACCGGAGUACACCGGACAGGAAAGGGCUCACUCGCAGCGUAUUGUCGAUUUAGUCAAUGACUUAAUGCACAGCUUCGCACAUGCCUAUCACGUGGCUAGUGACCUUCAUUUCCAAGUCGGACGCCACCCUCCACGGCUCACAUCUGAGCCAGUUGUAGCUCACCACGGGCUUCCAAUGCAGGCACAAAUUAACGUAGUGCAGACUAACCGGCGCCCGCCCCAAUCCCGACCCAGCGCCGGAAACACAACCGCCACUGCAACAAGUGGUACUACCACAACCACUACAACUAAUCCUCGAGCGACAGCUUCAGAAACCGUUACAAGCGCAACUGCUACAGCUACUGUUGCGACUUCAGCUGCACCUACAGUUAGAGCUCUUACCGCCGUUCUAGCACCAAUUGAGCAUCUUCAACUGAAUCAAGCAACAUCAGCCCAAGCUGGGACUGAAUUGGGAGUCGAAAUACAAGGCGGACCAACUACCUCCAUGCAAGUAAAUGCAGCCGAUGUUAAUACUGCUCAGCCGAGCGCUAUUGACGAUGAUCAGUCAAAUCCGGUCACUUAUGAAGUCGAAAUUGAGACGAGAGUACCGAUCGCGUUUCCGAUCGACAAUGCGCUGCUCAAUGGAUUGGCUAACGUUGCUGCUGCCACCAGCCAACAACAAGAACAGCCGCAGCCACAGCCAUCGCCACCGUCUCAACCACAGCAACAGCAACAGACCGAACAGACUCCGCACCCUCAGAGUCAACGCACACAGCCUGAACCAUCUCAAAAUCAAGGAAAUCGUGGUAAUCGCCGCCAAGACCUAUCCGAGUUCGAGAAUUUCCUGAGGAACUUGAGCCAGGUUGGAAGCAUGGGUGGUGUUGAGGUCAUUAUGAGCAUGGAGGAUUUCAUGCAAUCAGGCAACAACGCCGGCCCUGGCGCUCCGCAGUUUGAGGGUGGAGUGUUUUUGGCGCCUUCUAUGCCCUGGGGAGGGCCACCGAACAUCGAUAUGCUGCAUAAUAUUGCCAGUACACUGCUUCGUCAGGAGUUGGGCUCUGGUUUAGACCGAGUGGCUGUCCAUGUGACUCCUCCUAUUGUCAUUACGCAAGGUCCGCCACAAAAUCAAAAUUCAACUCAAAAUCAAGGACAGCCUCAGAGUCAGAGUCAGCCACAAAUUGGAACACAAGCGCGGGUUAGAACACAGAGUACUCAAGAUCUGAUACGACAACCGAACAUUCAGUUGCGUCGAGCCGCAGGGGCGGCCCGUGCGCACGCUCUGUCGCAUCAUCUUACAUAUGACAGAUUUUUGCAAUGCGAUAGCGCAUGGGCCCGCCUUCGUUUGACACGACGCAGGGAAUACUUCCAGCAGCAACUGGCGGCUGUAGGACGCGCACGCGCUAGAAGGGCGGCGGCUCAACGGUUUGAAACGAUUACCACACGCAAUUCGAGUCUAACUCAGGACCACAUGAACUUGCUGAUACAGUUCCUGAAUAGCUCUGAGGAGAAUCAGGAAAUAUGGCUUACAGCUUUCAUGGUGACAGUUGCUCGUCACCUGUUUUUAAUGGAACCAAUGCAGUCCCAGAACGGGGAACCGAUUCUUGUUCCCAACGAGUUCAAUUCGGUUCGCAUACACUUGCGCCACUAUAUUCAAGAUUUAUUGAACAGGGCUGACAGAUGUCAGGGAGAGAACGCUUUUCAGGCUGUCGCUGAUUACCUUGUUGAUCAACACGAGGAAUUCAUAAGGAACAUGAGCACCAUAACCCCUGUCGUGGAAGAGUUUGAUAUAACUACGUCUUUUCGUAACUUUGUACGAUCUCGCCUGCCGGCUAUAAUUGCAUCUGUGAUGUCCGAUGCUCCUGGUGAAUCAUUUGCACCCCGAUUUUAUCGCGUUUUUUGUCGUCUUUUCACCGACCUGUGCACUCUUUUUACUCAAUUUUGCCAACGGGGGGCAGAAGGCAUGCGCGAUUUGUUCAGGAUUUACAUGGGUGAAAUUAUGGAAGAUUUCGAUGAUGCAGCUCGGGCUAUGAUCCUCGCCCUCAGCAACGAUAAUUUGAAUGGUAUAAUGGAAAAUGCUCAGACACAGUCUAACAUGGUGCGCCCAUAUCUUAGAUUCAGGGAUGGUAGCAGAUUGAGCACACCGCCUCCAUUGCCACAGGCUAUGGAGAUGGCGCAUUCCUCGGGCUUACAUCCGACUCAUAUUGGGGUUGCGACAGCAUCACCUUACAUGGAAGGUGAACAUUUGCGUGGCUGUCCAUUACGUAUGUGCGUGGAAAGAAUUCCUAUGGGUACAGCUCCGAGGCCAAUGUCCCCUUCGUCAUCUGAUGAUUCAUCAUCACUAUCAUCUGUGGCUUCACUUGCGGUAUCAGCGUCAGCAUCCGUCGCCGCCUCAGUAGUUGCAUCAUUGGCAGCCUCUACAGCAUCUUCAACGGCUAGCUCUGAAGGGCCUUCCCCAGUUGCUUCACCAGCUCAUACAAGCUCUUCAUCUCCAACUCCGUCGGUUGCUUUAUCUAUAGUGCUAUCUGACGAAUCCCGAAAAUCUUCAGUUGUUCAUUCUGCAGCAGCGUCAAAAGAAGCAUCUACAGUAACUUCAGCAACUGCUUCAGCGGCACCAUCAACGACUGCUUCGCCUGUACACUCAAGAAUAGUCACAGAGACACCGUCAAGAGUGGCUUCAGCUGUGCUGUCUACAGGUGUCUCGAGUGUCCACCCAUGGGCUGGUUCACCAGUUUUUACCCCAGUCUGCUCACCGGUACCGUUACCACCGGGUUCGCCGACCCCCACAUCUGCGGCUUUGUCCGUAGCACCAUCGACUACAAUGUCGGUGCCGACCUCCACGACACCAUCUGCAGCUGCCUCGCCUAAGUCAUCACCGUUACCUUCAUCUAAUGCGUCCCCGGUAGCGUCACCAGCUCAUGCGCCAAUACAAGCUCGUCCUUCGACUUCCUCUGAACGCCCGUCUAUGAAUCUGUUUGCAGCGGCCAUUGCGAGGGCUUCAAUGGCAAAUCGAAGCGAAUCUCUACCUCGAACUUCAAGUCACGGGGAAGCAUGGCAACCUCGACCAGAUCAGGUGUCUAAUAGUAGCACAGUGCCACCACAGAAUGAAGCUAACGGUCGCAGCCCCGUGGGCGCUAGUCGCAACGGCAACGUCUCCCCUGAUUUGCAGUUUGUGUCACCAGUUGUUCUAAUGCAACAUUGGGGCGAAGAAUGGGUGCCGGUGUUCACUCGUGAUCAGCAGGCGCAGACUCAACGGCCGCAGCCACAAGAGCCGUUCAGCGACGCGUACCUGACCGGCAUGCCGUCUAGGAAGCGCCGCUGCGUCCGUCAAUCUAGACCAUCGGCAAAUCUUGAUAAUUUCAUGAGUGAUAGUCUUCGUGAAGCCUCCGACAAUUCGAACUCUGCAGAUAGCGCCACAAUACGUACAGCGUUCCGCGAGCACAUGCGCAACAUCGCCCGCAACCGCGCUUCUGAUUCCGAGGACUACGAUCCAGCGCGUUACGUUUCGGCAGCAAGAUUCCUGAACGCAGGCCGCUCCGACAGCCGCCAGCCACCAGAGUCGAGCGAAGACAGCAAGGAUGAAUGAUCCGAGGAGAGCGAAUUGUCGGAUUAAAUGAAUCAUUCGACAAUUCGUCCCCCCAGCUAGUUGGAAUGACCCAGUUGGGGCAUUUAUCAAAUGCGCAUUCUAACAGCGAUCAUAUAAAAUCAACUAAAUCGUCAUUCAACAGCAAAAUCACGACACUAUCAACAUUCAGCAUUUUAAUCUAUGGAAAUAUAUACUGUUUACUUGGACCUAACGUAGUCCGAAUAUAUGUAUGUGGCUCAUUAGAAAUUAAAAUUUUUAUGUCACUUUAAACUAUCUCUGUAACUUCAAGCGUUUCGUAGUCUUACUCUGAAGUAAUCAAUAUGUACAUAUUAUUAAUAUUAUUAUAAAUGUAACCUUUUUGUAUAAAUGUCUUUGCAAUAUUGUAGUAACAAUAAAAAAGUACUUGCAUUAUUAUCGUGUCGGUCAUAUUUUUUUCAAAGCUUUCAAAUAUGUUAUAUUCAAUGGAUUGUAGAUUUAAUAGGUCGUAUCAGGUAAGUGUGUGGGCGUCGGAUUUGAUACAUGUAACACUCAAAUUCAAUGUAAUUCGCAUGCUAUUUUGAAAACUAUAUUAUUAAUAAUCAAAACACAAUCUCUGCAAAGAUGUUGUGAUCACGUAGGAAUAUUGUCUAUUCAUUCUUGUGUAGUGAAAUGAAAAUUGAGUAAAUUAGAAAUAAAAGCAAUUAUUUGGAGAAUAGUUGUAUUGUAAUCUUGUAAUGAAUAAACAACUUUGGUUGUAACAAAAUCGUUCUGUUUUAAAAUAUUUCAUAAAUCCGUGACUCUAGAUUCGGCUUGGUACAUACAUAUUCAUAAAAAUCUAUAAUAAUAUAAAAAUAGAUUUUCCCUUCGGAGCUAAAAUAAAGAAUGUUUUUAGUUUAUAGAUUUUCGUAUAAGUCCUAUGCGGUAUUCCAAGGCUUUUGGUCUUAACGGUAUUUUCGUGUAGUUGAAGCGUUUGUAAACGCAUUAAUUUAAAGGCGCCAUAAUGGGCGCAUCGGAGCGUCUUAGUGAAGUUUUGGGGAAUAGCUUAUAGAAUCAUUUGGUUGUUAAAUAUUAUUCAUAUAGUAAGUAAUUCAUCAAUGGAUAAAUGCUAAGUCAUCAUGUAAUGGAAUAUUAUAAAUUAAUGAAGGAAAAAAUCGAUUCACCCGCGUUCGAUUCGGAAAAUUCGUUUUACAUAUUUAGCUUCGAAUAAAUAGCCUUUCGAUAGGGAGGUGCGAAUUUAUUCGGUAUUUUUUUAAAUAAUGAGUUUUCCCAUUAUGAUGUAUUACAUGUUUUUCAUAUAAAUACAAGCAAUGUUGAAAUGUAAACGAGUUUUAAACAAUUUAUAAAAAUGUUUUUUUUUUUUAAAUACAUUUUUAAUUUUUAAUUAUUAAAGUAAUAAAAUAAUAAGUAAAUGUUAAAUAUUAUUUAUAUACAAACUUUUUAACUAAAAUCUAUUGAUUAAUUUAUGAAUGAAAUGAAAACUAUGCAUAAUUUUUUUGAAGUCUUAAAGGCUUCGUCAAAUAUCUCUGCAAGUUUAGACGUGCAAGGUUACUACUAUAUUUUGAAAUUUGCAUUUCGAUGUAGAUUUAUGUCAUUUGUAGGUCGUUUAACGAUUUCUAACCCUGAAUUAAAAUAAAGUAGUCCAUUUCUUCCUGACGGUAUUUUGUCAAGGUUAUAAUGUCAGUUUUUUUCUUCAUUAAAAAUAUUUACUUCAAGUAACAAUAGAAUAUACUGAAUUAUUCGGAUACUAUUCGCACAUCCUUGUUUUUCGCGCUUACAAAAUAUAUUUAAAAAUUACUGCAUUUGCUUAUAUCACGUAUAGCAAUAUAUUACGAUCAUAUAAAAUUAAAAGUUUUCGUGUUUUAAAAUACUAAAUCAUGAUGAAGUCAGGCAUUUUGAUUGAUAAUAGGUAAUUAAUUUCAUUUGACAUCUAAUAUGUAGUGUUACAUUAGUUAUAUUAUUAUUAAUUAUAUUAAUGUGUCAAGCUUUUCAUGUUUAGAUGGUAGUAAUGAAAUAGUAUGAAUAAAAAUGAUAUAGAAUUAUGUAUAAUCAUAUAACAGUUGGUGUAUUUUUCGGCAUUCUAUUCAUUCGAUUGGCUUUUACAUUUUAAACAAACACUAAACAUAGCGCAUAAGUUUUCAGCCAUUAGCAAUCGAACAUAUUGUAAAUAUCAUUCUGCGUUUUACUAUAAAACAAUCUUCAUUUACUCACAACGGAAAUAGUUUACCUAUAAGCCAAUAGAUCCAAAAUCGAACCGAUGUAUAUCUCAAGAUAAAGUGAAAAGUUUGCUAAAGAUGUGAUAUGAAAUUCAUGUAUAAUCGACAUUCUGAAGCGAAAACAUUUGGCGACUGUCACUCCGCUUCAAAGCUGUGGAAUGAUCAUUACUAUAUUUAUAAUUUCUAUUGCAAUACGUGCUGUCCAGAGAUCAUUAAGACCGCAUAGCAUCAGGGAUUCCUGGCGUCUUCGUUUUCGGCGAUCGUUACGUAUUGGUAUUAUUAUAAAUUCGCUUUUGUCGUGUAGAGAAUAGCGCGUUUUCUUACAAAAUAAGUAAUGUUUGUAGACAUACUAAGCUCCUAUUCAUAAUAUCGUAUUUAAAUAAUUAUAUACUUGGUGUUUCAUUAUAUGGGAUUUGUAAUGUUUAACUUCAUACUGUAUUCGGCUAUAACAUAUUUUAAUAACAUACAAGAGUAAUAAUAUCAUUUGUUAAAAUAGUUUUAUGUUUCGAAAUAUCUGAUCAAUAAUUUUUGGGGAGUGAAUAACAAAACAUCUUUUGAACGAAAUAGGUCGCGAAUCACGUAAAUAGCUAUCUUUGGGAACACUACCAAUUCCUCGGUAAAUUAUAGAUUAUAAGAAUGAGGACGGAAGGUAGUUGAUGGAAAAUUAUUCUCUUGGUAUACAAGUAUGUUCUACUACAUUAUCUAUUCAUUGUGUUGAACGUAAUAGACGGUUUUUUAGACUUUUCAUAUUUAGAUAACAUCUUAACUGUUGUCAUAUUAAAAUUUGAUUUUGUCAUUUUGAAUAAAAGUAAAAUAUUCGUAUGUACGUAAUAUGUAUUAUUCACGAAUUUAUUCAUUGAUGUCUAUCUCGUAAUUUUAAUGAAGUAGAAGGUGACAUGUUGCAUAUCUAUGUAGUAAUCAUUGUAUAACCGUAAUUCUCUUAGAAAAUAGAGUGACUUUUUUAGCUCUGAAUACAAAUCUUAGUAAUGUUCAUAUGCAAGUUGAAACUCUUGGAUGAAUUAUAUAAAUCUACUGAAUUAAAUGCGUGACAGUGUUUGAUGAUGAAUCGAAUCGUUAUCGAUUUUGAAAACCAGGAACGGGAAACUAAGAUUUUUAUGUGGAGUUAUUUAUUGAUGGCUUUGUUUGUAACGAAGAGCAGGAAUGUAGCAUCACUAUCAAGAGAUUGUUUAUAACAACUAGGAAAGGAGUACUGUUGGAAUAAGUAUGUAGAAAUAAGCAUUUUAAUCGAUUCUAUAUUUAAUAAGUCAUUUGUGAAGGCAAGAUGUUAAAAGUACGUUUCAAUUUAACUAUUUACUUGUUUGAUUAGUUUUCCUCAGUUUCGAUUGUAUUAGUUGUUUAAAUCAGUUAUUUAUGUUUAAAAUAUUUGGGUACAUCUGAGUUAGUUACUAGAUUCGGGACGAAUAAUAGAAACAUUUUAAAUAAUUUUCAUUUAAAGUAUACCAAUCCAUAUUGUAGUAAAUCAUUUUAUUAUUAUAAACUUCAUGUAGAAUUUUGGGAGUAAUAAAUUAAUAAAUAAGCA